AUGAGCUUCAGAAGAACCCCACCUUUUGCUCAUUCGGCUGCAAGCUCUGUUUCCAAAAAUGCCUAUUCAGGUAACCUUUCAUCUUUACUUCAAGAAUCCAUUCAAAAAGUUCCCCCCUUAAUCCCCAAAAGAACCCAACUUGAAUCUUUCCUCACCAUCAAUUAUAAAUCAUCUACCAUAAAUCUCGAUAAUGCAUCGCACUACUUUGAUUACAUGAUUCUUCUACAACCCAUUCCUCCAAUUUCUUCAUUCAAUCAAUUGCUUAAUUCUGUAUCCAAAAUUAAACACCAUAAAGUUGCAAUCUUCCUUUAUCGUAAGAUGAACGAAGCUCACGUUUCCCCUAAUUUAAUUAGCCUAAACAUUGUUCUUAAUUGUUAUUGUGAUAUGAAUCAAGUAGAUUUUGCUUUUGGAGUUUUGGGCAUGAUUCUAAAAAGGGGUUUCACUCCUGAUAUUGUUACCUAUACAUCUUUGGUUAAAGGAUUGUUUAAAAGAAACAAGAUUAUUGAGGCUGUUAGACUAUUCAAGAAGUUUAUUAGGUUAGGUGUUAGGCCUCAUGUUAUGACUUAUGGGACUUUGAUUAAUGGGUUGUGUAGGAAUGGAAAAAUCGAGGCUGCAGUUAGAUUACACGAAGAUAUUAUGAGUGGGAAUAUUGGUUUAGGGUUUAUUUGUAAGCCCAAUAUAGUGUGUUAUAGCAUAUUGAUCACUAAUCUUUGUAAAGAUGGAUUUAUAAACAAGGCGAAAGAGCUUUUCUUGGAGAUGAAGAGUAGAAGAAUCUCCCCGGAUGUGGUUGUGUAUACUAUUUUGAUCAAUGGAUUGGUUUAUUCGGAUAAUUUAGACGAGGCUAAAUAUUUGUUCAUUGAGAUGAUGAAUGAAGGGAUUUCUCCUAGUGUAAUGACGUUUAAUCUUUUAGUAAACGUGCUUUGCAAAGAAGGGAAGUCAAAUGAAGCAAGUGGGUUAUUUGAGUUGAUGGUUCAAAGAGGAGAACAAGUUGAUUCUUUUUCAUAUAACUUGUUAAUGGAGGGGUAUUGUUGGGAAGGUAAGAUCGAUAAGGCUAGGGAGUUGUAUAUUUUGAUGGUGGAUAAAGGAAUCGAGCCUGAUGUUAGAACCCACAACGUGCUUAUUAAUGGGUAUAUCAAGAUUAAUAGAACAGAGGAAGCUAUAAGGAUCUUUGGACAAAUGACUCGUAGUAGAAAAAUCAAGCCUACGAUUGUUACCUACAACGCGUUAUUAACAGGUGUGCUUAAAAAAGGUGAUGUUUUGAAUGCACAGAAGCUGUUUGAUGAAAUGCUUCAUGAUCUCACACCAAGUUCUUGUACAUAUAACAUCAUGUUAAACGGGCUUUGUAAGAAUGAGUGUGUUUUGCAGGCUCUAGACUUGCUUCAAACCCUAGAAAACAAUGGGGUGGUUGUAUUGGACAUCAAAGCAUAUAACUCUGUGAUUGAUGGAUUGUGUAAAGCAGGAAGAAUGGAGACUGCUUGGGAUGUAUACAUGAAACUGUCUUCUAAAGGCUUGGUUCCAACUGUUGUAACUUAUACUAUCUUGAUACAUGGGUUUUGUAAAACGGGUCAGUUAACAAAAGUGGAUGAUUUGUUUUUGGAGAUGCUGGAAAAGGGUUGUGUCCCAAAUGCUGUUACUUUUAAUGCAUUUAUGCGAAAGUUCUCUCGUUCUGAUAUGUCACCUAAAGUGAUUGAGUUGCUUAAGAAAAUGGUGGAGAAUAAAGUUGUCCCGGAUGCAUUCAUGAAGAAAAGUGAUCCCGUGAAGUUGAAACCGGGUUAUCAUCCAUAUCAAUCAGGCUCCACAUAUCCGAACAGUUGCAGGGGUCGGAGCAGUUUGAAUAUUUGGUCAAAGUGGAUAUAUAUAUCCAUGAGGCAUACAAGUGUUGCAUUAUGGAGAUUUAAUCCAAAAUACAAGCUUAAGCUCGCUUUGAAGAAGACAAUGCAGUUUUACAUAUGAGAUUCACUUUCCGACUCAAGUCAUAUGCUCUCAAGUCUCAACCAGGUUUUUGACCUUGGUGUUGUUGUAGCAGUUAAUCAUUAUUCUUUCAAAAAAAAAAUUUAUUCAUUUAAAGACAGAAAACCACAUACAAUGGGUAAACUUUUACAGCCCAUACAUUUUAUCUGGUUAGAAUGUUUGAAUCGGUGAAAAAAUCUCAUAGUAUUGGUAUUGAAUGUGGACAAUAAUACUACAAUCCAUUCUUCAUUUGGAGGUAUAAUUUGGUUGUAUGUUCUGUUUUUUCUUUGACAUGUAAGUUGUAAAUGGG